AUGCCUCCACCCCUUCCUCAUCCAGUUCGAGAACUCAUUAUUGACUGGCACUACAAUGAUCAGCUUACUGUCUCGGAGAUUGCACAUCGCGCUAGGUGUUCCAAAAGCUCUGUUUAUAGAAUCCUUCAGUUAGAGCGCGAGUUUGGUCUCAUCAUCAACCCAAAUGCACGCACCCGGGGUGCUCGCCAAAUACUUGAUCAAUCAGACAAGGACAGUAUCAAGGCUUUCAUUGAAAGGAACCCAGCUGCCUACCUCGAUGAAAUUCAACAACACCUCCUCGACACCAAAAAUGUAUGGGUCUCUACUUCUACUAUUUCGAGGACUCUCGCUCAGAUGGAGAUCACAAUCAAGCAAAUCUCGAAGACAGCGGCAGAGCGUGAUGAGUUGGUCAGGGCUAUAUGGAAAGGGAAGCAUGGGAGGAUAGCAAAGGAAAAUAUUGUGUGGUUGGAUGAGUCAAGUGUUGAUGACUUGACAAAUCAGCGUCUUCGAGGAUGGGCUGAGCUCGGGCGUGCGUGUGUGAGGAGGGAUACCUUUAUUCGUGGCCAAAGGUACUCAAUCUUGCCUGCACUGACCAUCGAAGGCAUCAUCGCUCUUGACAUCUUUGAGGGGAGUGUCACAAAAGAGCGGUUUAUCAAAUACCUUCGCACACAUCUUGCACCACUCCUUAAUCCAUUUGGACCACGGAGCGUCGUCAUCAUGGACAACUGUUCAAUUCACCAUGAUGAGGAGAUUCGGCAGGUUAUUGAAGUUGAAUGCGGUGCACAGUUAAUCUAUCUCCCACCUUAUUCACCCGAUAUGAACCCAAUAGAGCAUGCUUUCAGUGCCAUGAAAGCAUGGCUUCGUCGUCACGAAGAUGAGGCUGUUCGGCCAGAAGCUCGAAGGUGGUUAAUCCAGCGUGCAAUUGCUUCGGUGACAGAGGAGGAUGCACUCGGAUGGAUUGAUCAUUGUGGAUACUCAUAG